AUGGCUCAACUGAAUCUUGCAAUUGUUGGACAUGUCGAUUCGGGAAAAUCGACACUUUCAGGUAGAUUGCUUCAUCUAUUGGGAAGGAUAUCCAAAAAAGAAAUGCACAAAAAUGAGAAAGAGGCAAAGUCACAGGGCAAGGGGUCAUUUGCAUAUGCGUGGGCAUUGGAUGAGAGCGUAGAAGAAAGAGAGAGAGGAAUAACUAUGAGUGUAGCUGUUGCAUAUUUUGACUCCAAAAAAUACAAGGUUGUUGUGCUGGACUCUCCUGGCCACAGAGACUUUGUCCCGAACAUGAUCUCCGGCGCAACACAAGCCGAUGCUGCAGUACUUGUUGUUGAUGGUUCACAUGGUGCAUUUGAAGCCGGUAUGAAGGGAGGACAGACUAAGGAGCAUGCACAGAUCAUCAAAAGCUUCGGCGUCAAGCAGAUUAUAGUUGCUGUUAACAAGAUGGACGUUGUUGGCUACUCCAAGGAUAGAUUUGAUGAAAUCAAACACACACUAGGAACAUUUCUCUGGCGUUCCUGUCGUUUCGAAAAUUCUUCGGUGUGUUGGGUUCCAUUGAGUGCCAUGGAGAAUCAGAACUUGGUGUCAGCUCCUUCUGAUGACCGUUUGUCUUGGUAUAGCGGACUUUGCUUCUUGGAUGCAGUUGAUUCCCUUCAACCUCCGAAGAGAGAGUCUGAGAAGUCACUGCUCAUGCCUAUAUGUGAUGUCAUUAAAUCUUCUAAAGGGCAGGUUUCUGCUUGUGGUAAAUUGCAAGCUGGAGCUCUUCAAAAUGGACUUAAGGUUCGGGUUAUGCCUUUGGGGGAAUUAGGGACUGUCCGGUCUUUAGAACGUGACGGCUCUCAGUCAUGCUCAACUGCCACAGCUGGUGACAAUGUGGCUGUUACUCUACAAGGGAUUGAUGAUCGUCAUGUGAUGGCAGGAGGCGUGCUAUGUGACCCUGAUGUUCCAGUUGCAUUUGCGAAACAUUUGGAAUUGAAUGUGCAACUUUUGGACGGGGCAAAGCCUAUGUUGGUUGGCUCUCAGCUGGAGUUUCACAUACACCACGCAAAGGAGGCAGCAAGAGUCGUGAAAAUAGCUUCAUUACUUGAUCCGAAGACUCUUAAAGUGGCGAAAAGGUUUCCUCGCUGUCUUCUCGCAAAGCAGGUAGCUGUUAUAGAGGUAGUUCUGCAAGGGCCAGUUUGUGUGGUGGAGUACUCCAUGUGUAGAGCUCUAGGGAACGUUUCUUUGAGAGCGUUAGGAAACACUGUGGCCCUCGGCAAGGUAACACGAAUAAUCGAGAAGCAGAAGUAG